CAAGAAUACUACUUAUUUUUACGAAUCAAUAAGCAAUAUGAUAAUUUAUUUAAAAAUCUAUCUAAAAAUCUUUUCUUAACAGUUUUAAAUAAACUACCAACAGAAUAUAUGCUAGAUAAAAAGACUUUAGUUGAUGAUAAUUUUGAUGAACAAUCUAAUAACUAUGAUACUUCUAACAAAGAAGUUUCAGAUAAUUAA